UGGUGUAAAUGGUGUACUUGGUGUAGCAUCAGCUUGGCUGCAGAGCAUGACAUCAGAACAACAAUAGAAGCUGCUGGAGGAGAAGAGGGGGGGCAGCAGCUUCCUCACAGCGGAAGGAGACGACGGAUCUCCUGCAGGACAAUGUGAGACACCGAGAGCUGAUCGGACGCAUUCAGGGAGCAGCCGCAAUGGACGCGGGGACGUUUUAACGCGCUUUGUGGGUCCGAUAACCCGAUUAUUCUGCGGAAGUCCGUGUGUUUGGAUCCCGCGGCAGCGAUGGGAGCGACCCGCUGAAGGGGACGCGGCGGCUGGGCCCAGAACCGGGAGAAAGAUGGGUGUCGCGCUGCGGAGUUUGUUGUUGUGUAGUUUUUGUUUCCUCAUACGAGGCGUGCCGCUGCUGCUCUAUGCAAACCGACGGGACCUUCGGCUCGUGGACGCGGCACACGAGAAGGCCAACGCCACGGUGGUGGUGGGGGGGCUGGAGGACGCCGCUGCCGUGGACUACGUCUACUCCCAGGGCCUCAUCUACUGGAGCGACGUCAGCGAAGAGGCCAUCAAACGCACCGUCUUUAACCAGUCGGGCGCCAGCGCCGCCCAGACCGUGGUCGCCGGUCUGGCCUCCCCAGACGGACUGGCUUGCGAUUGGUUGGGGAGUAAGCUCUACUGGACGGACUCGGAGACCAAUCGGAUUGAGGUGGCUGAGCUGGACGGGUCCUCAAGGAAGGUUUUGUUCUGGCAGGAGCUAGACCAGCCGAGGGCCAUUGCUCUGGAUCCAGAACGAGGGUACAUGUACUGGACGGACUGGGGCGAGGUGCCUAAGAUCGAGCGGGCGGGGAUGGACGGGACCAACCGCUCGGUGAUCGUGGACCAGGAGAUCUACUGGCCCAACGGCCUGACGCUGGACUACGGGCCGGGGAAGCUCUACUGGGCCGACGCCAAGCACAACUUCAUCCACCGGGCCGACCUGGACGGCUCCUCCAGGGAGUCCGUGGUCAAGGGGGAGCUGCCACACCCCUUCGCCCUCACCCUCUACGAGGACACCCUGUUCUGGACCGACUGGAGCACCCACUCCAUCCACUCCUGCAGGAAGCAGACCGGGGACCAGCAGCGCGUGGUCCACUCGCACAUCCUGUCCCCCAUGGACAUCCACGUCUUCAGCGCCAACAGACAGGCCACCGCGGCGAGCACUCACUGCUCCGUCAACAAUGGCGGAUGUUCCCACCUGUGUCUCCUGUCCCCCAUGAAGCCCUUCUAUCAGUGUGCUUGUCCCACCGGAGUCCAGCUGCUCGAGGACGGGAAGACCUGCAGAGACGGUGCGACCCGGAUGCUGCUGCUGGCCCGGAGGACCGACCUGCGGCACAUCUCUCUGGACACGCCGGACUUCACCGCCGUGGUCCUGCAGGUGGAGGACAUCCGUCACGCCAUCGCGGUGGACUACGACCCGGUGGAGGGUUACGUCUACUGGACGGACGACGACGUGAAGGCCAUCCGCCGCUCGCUGCUGGACGGCGCCGACGCCCAGUUUUUGGUCACGUCCCAGGUCAACCACCCGGACGGCAUCGCCGUGGACUGGAUUGCCCGGAACCUGUACUGGACCGACACCGGCACGGACCGCAUCGAGGUGACCCGGCUCAACGGGACCAUGAGGAAGAUCCUGAUCUCCGAAGACUUGGACGAGCCCAGGGCCAUCGUGCUGGACCCCGUGGCCGGCUACAUGUACUGGACCGACUGGGGGGAGGUGCCUAAGAUCGAGCGGGCCGACCUGGACGGGACGGAGCGCCUGGUGAUGGUCAACACGUCUCUGGGUUGGCCCAACGGACUCGCCCUCGACUACGAGGAACGCAAGCUGUACUGGGGGGACGCCAAGACGGACAAGAUCGAGGUGAUGGACAUGGACGGGACAGGCCGGCGGGUGCUGGUGGAGGACAUGCUUCCCCACAUCUUUGGCUUCAGUCUGCUGGGAGACUUCAUCUACUGGACGGACUGGCAGCGCCGCAGCAUCGAGCGCGUCCACAAGCGCACGGCCGAGAGGGAGGUCAUCAUCGACCAGCUGCCCGACCUCAUGGGCCUCAAGGCCACCCACGUGCACAAGUCCUCCGGUACCAACCCGUGUGCAGAGAGCAACGGCGGCUGCAGCCACCUGUGCCUGUACAAGCCGCGUGGCGUGCAGUGCGGCUGCCCCAUCGGCCUGGAGCUCAUCGCCGACCUGCACACCUGCAUCGUGCCCGAGGCCUUCCUGCUCUUCUCCCGCCACACCGACAUCCGCCGCAUCUCCCUGGAGACCAACAACAACAACGUGGCCAUCCCGCUCACCGGCGUCAAGGAGGCCUCGGCGCUGGACUUCGACGUCACCGACAACCGGAUCUACUGGACCGACAUCACCCUGAAGACCAUCAGCCGCGCCUUCAUGAACGGCAGCGCCCUGGAGCACGUGGUGGAGUUCGGCCUGGACUACCCGGAGGGGAUGGCGGUGGACUGGCUGGGGAAGAACCUGUACUGGGCCGACACCGGCACCAACCGCAUCGAGGUGGCCAAGCUGGACGGGCAGCACCGGCAGGUCCUGGUCUGGAAGGAUCUGGACAGUCCGCGAGCGCUGGCUCUGGACCCGGCUGAGGGGUACAUGUACUGGACCGAGUGGGGGGGGAAGCCCAAGAUCGACCGGGCCUCCAUGGACGGGACGGGCCGCAUCACCCUGGUGGCCGACGUGGGCCGGGCCAACGGGCUCACCAUCGACUACGCCGAGCGGCGCCUCUACUGGACCGACCUGGACACCACGCUCAUUGAGUCCUCCAACAUGCUGGGUCAGGACCGCGAGGUCAUAGCCGACGACCUGCCCCACCCCUUCGGCCUCACCCAGUACCAGGACUACAUCUACUGGACGGACUGGAGCCAGCGCAGCAUCGAGCGCGCCAACAAGACCAGCGGGCAGAACCGCACCGUGAUCCAGGGCCACCUGGACUACGUCAUGGACAUCCUGGUGUUCCACUCGUCCCGGCAGGGGGGCUGGAACGCCUGCGCCGCCACCAACGGCCACUGCUCCCACCUGUGCCUCGCCGUCCCCGUGGGCAGCUUCGUCUGCGGAUGCCCCGCCCACUUCUCCCUCAACCACGACAACAAGACGUGCAGCGCUCCCACCUCCUUCCUGCUGUUCAGCCAGAAGCUGGCCAUCAACCGCAUGGUGAUGGACGAGCAGCAGAGUCCAGACAUCAUCCUGCCCAUCCACAGCCUGAGGAACGUCAGGGCCAUCGACUACGACCCGCUGGACAAACACCUGUACUGGAUCGACUCCAAGCAGGGCGUCAUCCGCCGGGCCCAGGAGGACGGCAACCAGAGCAGCACGGUGGUGUCCAGCGGCGCCUCGGGGCCCGGCCCGGGCCUCCAGCUGUACGACCUGAGCAUCGACAUCUACAGCCGCUUCAUCUACUGGACCAGCGAGGUCACCAACGUCAUCAACGUGACCCGGACCGACGGGGGCCGGGUCGGCGUGGUGCUGAGAGGGGAGCAGGACAAGCCCAGGGCCAUCGUGGUCAACCCCGAGAGAGGGUACAUGUACUUCACCAACCUGCUGGAGCGCUCCCCCAAGAUCGAGCGGGCGUCUCUGGACGGGACGGAGCGAGAGGUGCUGUUCUUCAGCGGCCUGGGGAAGCCUGUGGCGCUGGCCGUGGACAACGAGGUGGGGAAGCUCUUCUGGGUCGACUCGGACCUUCGGCGCAUCGAGAGCAGCGACCUCUCCGGAGCCAAUCGCAUCGUCAUCGCCGACUCCAACAUCCUGCAGCCGGUGGGCCUCACGGUGUUCGGGGAGCAUCUUUAUUGGAUCGACAAGCAGCAGCAGAUGAUCGAACGCAUCGACAAGACCACCAGGGGGGGCCGCACCAAGAUCCAGGCCCGCAUCGCCUCCCUCAGCGACAUCCACGCCGUGCACGAGCUGGACAUGAGGGAGUACGGUAAACAUCCGUGCACGUGGGACAACGGCGGCUGCUCCCACAUCUGCAUCGUGAAGGGAGACGGGACCACCCGCUGCUCGUGUCCCGUCCACCUGGUGCUGCUGCAGAACGAGCUGUCCUGUGGAGAGCCGCCCACCUGCUCCCCGCAGCAGUUCUCCUGCACCUCCGGCGAGGUGGACUGCAUCCCGCAGGCCUGGAGGUGCGACGGCUUCCCCGAGUGCGACGACGGCAGCGACGAGGACGACUGUCCCGUCUGCUCCGAGGACGAGUUCCGCUGCGACAGCCGUCAGUGCGUCGACCUCCGCCUGCGCUGCAACGGGGAGGUCAACUGCCAGGACCGGUCCGACGAGAGCAAGUGUGAAGUGCGCUGUCCUCUGGACCGGUUCUCCUGCUCCAACGGUCAGUGCAUCGGGAAGCACAAGAAGUGCGACCACAACACGGACUGCACCGACAACUCCGACGAGAUCGGCUGCUACCCCACCGAGGAGCCCCCCCCUCCCUCCAACAACACCAUCGGCUCCAUCGUGGGGGUGGUCAUGGCGCUGUUCGUGGUGGGCGCCGUGUACUUUGCGUGUCAGCGCGUCCUCUGUCCUCAGAUGAAGGACGACGGCGAGACGGUGACCAACGACUUCGUGGUGCAUGGCCCGUCCUCGGUGCCGCUGGGCUACGUGCCGCACCCCGCCUCGCUGUCCAGCUCGCUGCCAGGGAUGUCCCGAGGGAAGUCCGUGAUUGGCUCCCUCAGCAUCGUGGGCGGGAGCAGCGGGCCGCCCUACGACCGCGCCCACGUGACCGGAGCCUCGUCCAGCAGCUCGUCCAGCACCAAGGGCGCCUACUUCCCCCCGAUCCUGAAUCCUCCUCCGUCUCCUGCUACGGUUCGGUCUCAGUACACCGUGGAGUUCGGUUACUCCUCCAACAGCCCGUCCACGCACCGCUCCUACAGCUACCGGCCCUACACCUACCGUCACUUCGCCCCCCCCACCACCCCCUGCAGCACGGACGUGUGCGACAGCGACUACACUCCGGGUCGCCGCGCGCCGCUGAGGUCGGCCGGCGUUGCCAAGGGUUACGCCAGUGACCUGAACUACGACUCUGAGCCGUUGCCCCCCCCGCCGACCCCCCGCAGCCAGUACCUGUCGGCUGAGGAGAACUGUGAGAGCUGCCCCCCGUCGCCCUACACCGAGCGCAGCUACUCGCACCACCUGUACCCGCCCCCCCCCUCGCCCUGCACCGACUCCUCGUGAGCCCCCCCCUCACUGUAAAUAGCUACCGUGAGCCCCCCCCUCACUGUAAAUAGCUGCUGUGCACAUGAGGUUCCGAGCGGCACAGAGGAAACCAACAGGAGGACAUUUGUACAUUGAAGAGAGAAGCAUAUUUAUAUAUUUGUACUUAUAUGUGUUUACUGAUCACAUAGAGGUUUGUAUUGAGACAUUUGUACAGUUUUUAACAAAAGGUUUUAUCAAAAUCAUCACAGCUCUAAGUUGCCUUAAACCGGGAGAAGAGGCUGAAGGACUAGAAGCCCACGGCGGGACGUCUUAACUUAUCUGAUGCCAAAUAUCAACCAUCAGGAGGAGGGGGGGGAGGAGGCCCGGUGGUGUGUGUAGUUACCAUGUCAACUGGAGAAAAGGCCCAUGUGACCUCGCGGUACUUGGAUUUACAUUUGACCUCCUCAGUGUCUGAUGUGAGUCAUGUGAUCAGUCAUGAAGCAAUAAGACAUAUUUAUUAACCAAUCAGCUGCAGGGGGCCCUGAGGUCUCAUCAGAGUCCACGGCGUCUCAGGGGUCUUCUUUUGGUUCUUUUAGUUUGUUUUGCUCUUGUCCCUCCUGGGCCUCCGUCCUCCGACACUAAAGCCCCCCCCCAACGGUCACGUGUCACAUGACCCUCCGGGACUAAAGAAGCCAAAUCGUUGCUUUCCCUCCCUGGUGACCUUGAUGACCUUGUCCCUUUAGACGGAGGCCCACAGGAUGCUUUAUAUAGUAUUUUUGUACCACAUAUUGUGUAGAUAUCGUAUUUAUAAGCACAUUGUUGUAAACUCACAUCGACUCUCGCAGUACUUUUCAUUCCGUCUGUUUUAUAUCGACUCGUUAUAUUUUUCUACAAACGUUGGCCGAGGGGAGGCAGAUGUUGGGACCACGUGUGAGACAGGAAGUCAAAUAUCAGCUGAUUUUGUGUUUUUUGGUUAAUCGGCUGACGUGUUUUUGCUUCUAGAAAAGACAGAAUCUAUUUUUUAAAGACAACUUAGUUUGGUGAAAAUGUAAAAACACCAGCGUGAAUCCGACAAUCUGCACAUUGUGUCACUUCAUGGAGACGUCUGCUGUCCCAGAGACACUUUGCUCUCUUAAAAUACUUUCAUUUUAGGGCUUUUUUAGAAUGUAUUCAAUUGAAAUAUGUAAUUUAUAAAUUACAAAUCUGUCUUUCUGAAUAAAGAGCUGUUAAAGGUUCUGAAUCUAAAACCCGAGGGACGACACAUAAGAACAAAGUCUUUCUGCAAUAAACAGCUUGUUCAGAGACGUUGUUUAAACACCAGCGUCUUUAUUCUUUAUUCCAAGUGUUGAAAUGAUUUUCAAUCUAAAAAAAGAAAAUGUUUGAAACCAACAAAAUCCUAAAGAUGUUUUUGUCUUUUUAACUGUUCAUAAGAGAAUGAAUCCAAGUUAUUGAUUUGAUUUGUUUGUGGGAAAGUUGAUCAGAAGGAUUUUGUUCCUCAAGUUAAAAUAAAAACCUGUCUCUCUUUAUGACGUUUUUUUACUCGUUAAACAGAUUUUUUUCAGGCUGGAACCAGAAAAGUCUCUUUAAUCUGGACUGUAAAUGGAAGCAGAGACUCAGCGUCCUCGCGGGGACAGACGAGGACACGUGGACCUUCACUGGUUAUAAGAUGUGGAACCACAACUGCACUUUAUGGGACUAACCUUCAAGUAAAGUUUUUAAUUUGUUCAGAACCAAAUAAAUUGUCUCCUUCCUUUUUACAACAUCUUCAACAGGAAGUCAGAGAAGAAGAAAACUUCCAUGAAUCUGUUCAACAUGAAAGGAAUCCACAUUAUUUCAAUUCAAAAGCUUGAAUUCUUUUUUAAAGGUACUAAUUUACAUUUAAAACCAAUAAAACUCCAGAUUUAAGUUUCA